AUGUCAGGAUCCCCGGGCUCGAGUGGCUCCAACCCGCGGAAGUUCAGCGAGAAGAUCGCGCUUCACAACCAAAAACAGGCGGAGGAGACGCGGGCCUUCGAGCAGCUCAUGACAGACCUCACCGUCUCAAGGGUGCAGUUUCAAAAGGUCCAGCAGCUCCGGCUGUCUCAGAACCGAGCCCAAUACUAUGGCGGCUCUCUGCCCAACGUCAACCAGAUAGGCAAUGCCACCACUGAUUUCCAGGGUGCGUUUCCCUCCGGUCUGGACUCUGGAGUCAGAGGGACUAGACAUCACGGUCUGGUGGAGAGGGUCCAUCGAGACCGCAAUCGGAUCAACUCUCCGCAUCGCAGACCAAUUGACAAGCAUGGACGGCAGGCUGAGAGUUCUCCAUAUGGGAAUAUGUACCUUUCUCCUCCUCCGGACAACAACUGGAGAAGGGAGCAACCGCCGUGGACCGAAGAGAAACGACCUGGAUUUAGAUUAAUAUCACAACUUAACAGAACGAACUCUGACUCAGCUCUGCACACCAGCGCCAUGAAUCCAAACCCACAGGAUCCUUUUGGCAUGAACCAGCAGAUGGGCAGAGGCCCUCCCCAACGAAACGCCAGCAUGAAUGAAGCAGAGGGGGACGGUACUGGUGAUGUUUUCUCAUUUCCUUCUGUCCCGAAUGAGGAGAAUUUAAUUGGUGUUAAUAAACCACUGCCCAAACAGUUAUGGGAUGCCAAAAAGGCGCAGUCUCUGUCCUCCAGGCCAAGGUCUUGUGAAGUGCCUGGAAUCAAUAUAUUUCCUUCACCCGAGCAGAAUGCGGGUCUGUCUCACUAUCAGGGCACGUUAAACACGGGCGGCUCUCUGCCUGACCUCAGUAACCUGCACUUCCCAUCUCCGCUCCCCACCCCUCUCGACCCUGAUGAGACUGGAUAUCCCAACCUGAGCGGAGGCAGCAGCACGGGCAACCUCCCCGCUGCCAUGAUGCACCUGGGAAUCGGAAACUCGCAAGGACUGUCAUCCUCUCUGAGCAACCCUUCCAUCCAGGCAUCCCUCACCAACUCUCAGCUGCACUCGUCUCUCAGUAAUCCAUCCAUCCACUCGUCCCUGCGUCUCUCCUCGCUCUCCAACCCUCCUCCUACGGGCAUGGCGAGUUCACCCAGGAGACGGCCGGCUCCCAUCAGCCCUCUCACGCUCUCACCAGGGGGCGAUCAGCGGCGAAGCCUUAGCAAGCAGCUCUCCCCAACCAUGUCCCCAUCUCUAUCUCCAAUUACACAGGGUGUUGCCUUGGACACCAGCAACUUGCCGAUGGAGCCGCCUCCUCCUUAUCCCCUUUACCAGCAAUCCCAGCAGUCCCUGCAGCAGCAGCAAGCGCCUCCCCAGUCCCAUUCAUCUGUCCAGCAAAGUUCCCAGCAUUCGGUGCAACAGCGACAGCCGCAGGGCAGCCAGCAACAGCAUCAGCCUGUGUCCCCUCAGCUCGACUUUAAUUCCAGUGCUCACACCAGCAUGGGAGCGUUUUUCAAUGAUCCCUUUAUGGAACCACAGUUCUUCGGACGCCCGUCCAAAUGUUCAUCCUAUCAGCAGGAUCAGUUUAAUAUGUUGGAGAACGUCAUGAGCUCUAUGGCAGGUGGAUUCGACCCUUCGUCUAACCUCUACUGCUCCCAGGGCCUCAUGGGCUUUGGUGGUAACCAUGGCAACCUACAAGACCACCUUCAGAUGAGACCCAACAUGCUUUACUCUAAUUGUGGAGGAGGGGUGCCCAACAUUAUUCUUACAGAUGACUCCAAUCCCAGCCUAUCUAAGGACAUCAGCAGUGUGUUGUCCGCAGUGCCCGAGUGUUUGGACUCCGAGGGAGUUUUCCCGCUAGAGGAUGAACUUCGUAUCGAGCCGCUCAGCCUGGAUGGACUGAGCAUGCUCAGUGACCCGGACAUGGUCCUCCCUGAUCCCUCAGUGGAGGACAGCUUCCGCAGCGACAGACUUUAAAGAGCCACGAGCACAUCGACGUACAUACAAAGUCCAUGAACGUGAAGCACACAACUUGCAGCACUCGAAUGUUCUGUCUACUAUUUUCCCAAACACGAAACGCAUGCAUAAACACUACAUGUUGAUAUAAAGUGAAUCAUCAGACUUGCAUGUGUCAGCCAGACGGUGUCUGUCGCUGGCCGAUCUCCCCCGGCAUGCUUCAUCUUCUUGCCGAGACACCGCCGUUCAUCUGUUGUCAAAUGAGCUAGGGUGAACGCUUUUCGCGUGCUACAACAAGCAAUGGACAGCUGUGCAAAGUUAAGCCACAUAUAUAAAUCAUGCUGUGUUUCCACUUACUGUGACAAUCAGAACACACUGAAGCCAUACAAAUGCCAAAUGGAUACCAGCAACAGGCCUCGAUGGUGGCCCUAAUACAAAGCCAUGUAACCAAAACAAAAUGAACGAAUCGCUUUCGGAUAUUAUCAAAAGAUUGCUUUCAUAUUCAAUAGAAGCAAAAAGAUUGGAAGCCUUUAGGCUUUAGGCUGUGAAUGUGGAGUCUGGGUUAGAGAUGGUGCGAAGACGACAAUAUGAUGUGUUAUGGAACAGAAGGAGUCGACAGGCGGACUAAUACCAGCCCAUAUUGAUGCACCAAAUGCUGUGAUACGAGACACCGUAAGGAUGGGAUAAGCGACCUCCGUUUUAGGACCAGAACUGCCUGGGUCAGACUUCUAACACCAGGAUGCGCAUCUACGCUCAUAAAGUCUCGGGUGCAUGUUGUCGUUUAUAGCAUGUGCUAAGCUAAUUUCGUGAGAAUAAUGCUUUGUAACUGUUUUCUGACCAAUCGGUGGUCACCUUGCUGGCCUAUGGGUGAGUCGCAGCCCUCAGAUGCGCAAAAUGUGGCCAGUCCCAUCAUUCAAAUGAAUUACAACUCUCCUCCACCCAGAGAAGAGGAAUCUUGCUAAUGAGUACAGAGCAUUAUUUUGAAAAUUCUUUGCGUAUUUUUGUAUAAAAUGAAAAUGAGAACUUUGCCACAUGUAUGUGAUGCAAAGUCCCUUUUCUGUCUGACUAGAAUGUAUUUUUGAAACAGAAAAAGGGCAAGCUGUUUACAAAGAUCACGUUUGAAAACUACAAAUUACUUAUGCGACGUUGACAUUUUUAUGAUUUUGGUAAAAAACACAUUUGUAUCUUGUUAAUAAUGUGCUUGGCUAUGCAGAACUUUAGCACAGGAGAGUCUCAGACGGCUGGAACAAUCUAGACCAUGAAAAGGAACUAUUUUACUUGUAUAUUUACUAUAUCUUUGUGCUUAUUUGAGAUUUUAUACAGACUUGUAUGCAGCUUCUACUAUGUCAUUUGUAUUUGUUAAUCUGUUCAUGUUUUUAUUCCCGUCUGCUUUUGUGAACGUUUGUCGUGAUUGGUAUUUUUCGAUGUUGUCUGGCAUGGACCCUCUUUCUGCAGCGCUGAUCCUUUUAAGGGGUUUUAAAAAUAAUAGGUGGACGUGGGACACAUGUAUCAUUGUUAUUGCUCAUGUUGAGGUUUGCACUGAUGAUCUGAACAAAAUUGAUCUUUGGUUUUAAUAUGAUCUGGUUUUACAUAUUGCUGCUUAAUAUGGAGGACCACAAGAGUCAUGCAAAAUGUAAUAAAGAACUUCAAUAUUUAAUAACUACCUGGACAAUAAAAAUAGCAAUUAAUAGAUUUGUUUAAAAAUUCAUUAAUUAAUCUAUUAAUAAAUAGACAAAGUUACAAAAAAAUCAUUAUGUAAGGCAAUAAAAAGUGAGAUUAUAAAAUUAUGUAGAAAUGAAAUAUUAAUCCAUUAACAAAAAGUUCAAAUGAAUAUAACAAUUUACAAAAAGAACAUAAAACACUCAAUAAGUUCAUCAUUUUAAAUUGCAUUUACAAAUUCUUAAUUAAAUAAUGGAAUUUCAAAAAGCGAUUUAAAAAGAGAAAUAAAUAACUGGAUUUAUAAAUUGAACUACAAAUACAGGUUUAAAUUAGGCAUUUAAAAGGGCGUUUCCGUUUAACAUUUUUGUUUUCAUUUUCCCGAUGGUUCUCCUUAUUCUUUUCGCUAUUCGAUUUGCUUUUCGUUUUAUCCUCUCUAUUUAGGUUUUCCGUGACUCUUUGGGUCCUUGCAAAUGGUCAAAUGAGAAAUGCUAAUUAGCUAUGACCAGGUGAAUGUAACAAGCUCGCUGAUUGGCUCUGAUUGUACGUCAUGCGCAGAUUUAUAGAUCUCGGAAGAGGACCCAAAGAGUCACGGAAAAGCUAAAUAGAGAAAAGCAAAUCGAAUAGCGAAAAGAAUAAGGAGAACCAUCGGGAAAAUGAAAACAGAAAUGUUAAACGGAAACGCCCUUUUAAAUGCCUAAUUUAAACCUGUAUUUGUAGUUCAAUUUAUAAAUCCAGUUAUUUAUUUCUCUUUUUAAAUCGCUUUUUGAAAUUCCAUUAUUUAAUUAAGAAUUUGUAAAUGCAAUUUAACGUAACUUAUUGAGUGUUUUAUGUUGUUUUUGUAAAUUGUUAUAUUAAUUUGAACUAUUUAUUAAUGGAUUAAUAUUUCAUUUCUACAUUAUUUUUAUAAUCUCACUUUUUAUUGCCUAAUAAAAUGUUACUUAAUGAUUGUUUUUGUAACUUUGUCUAUUUAUUUAUUUAUAGAUUAAUUAAUGAAUUUUUAAAUAAAUCCAGGUAGUUAUUAAAUAUUGAAGUUCUUUAUUACAUUUUGCAUGACUCUUGUGGUCCUCCAUAGGCUUAAAAGGUGUUUGCUUUCCCAGCAUGUCGUUCAUGUGGAAUUAAUGCAGUGCAUUUUGCGAAUGGCUGAUUUUUAAAUGACCAAAUAUUUUGAGAUGAAGAACGAUGUCUAAAUAUAGCUCAGGAAUGUGUUUUCAUCAUAUCAUACAUGGUUCUGUGAUGAGUAUCCAGGGUUGAGUACCUGUCUACUGCCUCCUGACCGUCAGAGAACCAGUUAUAGGUAUCUGAAGAUUUUAUUAUUUGUGUAUUAUCUAGUAGCUUUUUAUUUCGAAAGUAGUUAGUAAAAAAUGCGAUAGCGACGCUACAUGUGUGCCAUGUCCACGUUCUUUUGUUUUUCCCUUCUCAUCAUAGUGUUUUGGUCAAACGUAUCUUGACAUGCUUGUCAAAAUGGCGCACAACUAUUUUUAUUGGCUUCGUGGUGAGUGGAUAAACCAACCAAUAAUGACAUUUUAGUACAAGUCUUUGUGUGCAUGUUAUUUGGUGUGGUCUAAUAAGGCAAGAACUGACAGAAGCAGUGAUGGGGGAGAUUUACGAAAACUUUAAGAUUUGGUAAAUCUGUUGCAUUAUGAGCAUUAUCUCCGCAAUCAACGAGAUUUAGCUUUCACCCCUAUGCUGCAGUUAUUUUUUCUUUUGUAACAUUGUUCUUUUAGAUGUAUUAUCUGCAUCUAUAAUAACAAAAAACACGAUCUUAGCUGUAGUUUUGGGGUAUAGGGCAUGUUUUUGCUGCAUCAUGUGUCUGUUAAAAAGUGUGCAUCUUUUUAUAUAGCUGUCAGCUAUCCAUUUAACUUAGUUUUUCUUCAAGAGUAACAGUGGCAACACAUUUCCAGGGGUUGAGUGGAUUUGUUUUGGGUUUCCAUCGCUCAUUCGCCCCUUCUGGAUAGAAGUCUUGUCUUUGGCCUUAUUCUUUCUCAUCUGUGACCACUAGCUGUCCCUUUAAUCGUACUGUGAUAUUUGGGUUUUGUAGUUUCCCAUUUCCAAACCCUGUGUUUUAAUGGCAAAAGGUUUUUUGUUUUAAUAUAGUCUUCAUAACAGAUACUAGUUAUAUUUUUCUUCUGUUUAUAGGUUUUUUAUUGUUUUGGCUUUUUGACAACUUUAAAAAAAAAUGUACAGUUAUAUUAUUUAAAGAAAAUAUUUUCUUGUCCACUAGUGUUACUUUUUGUAAUAUGCCAUAUUAGAUUUUUCUUUUUCAGAUAUUGCAAUUUUACUACACCACAAGGCGUUUGGUUGUGAAGUAUGUUAUAGUGCUUUUCCUUUGAUUUAAUAUAAAGAAAUAAAACUAUUUACUGUCUGUCA